GAAGCAGGUUACAACACACACACACACACAAAGGAAAACAAGUUAAACAACAGUAAAGAACCCUCACAGAGUUUUCGGUGACAGUGAAUAAAUAUGAGGAUGCUUCUGGCUGAGCUCUGGACUCUCACAGUUUUAGGAAGUGUUACAACUGACACACUUACUGUGAAAGGCGGUGUUGGAGGAGAGGUUCAGAUCCACUGUUCUCAUCGUUUGGCUGGCACAAAUGUGAAGUACUUCUGCACAGCCUCAUGCACAGAGAAGGACAUUCUCAUUAAAAGUGCGAAAAACAAAUCUGUCAGCGGGAGGUUUGCGCUGUUUGAUGAGGGAUCCGGAGUGUUCACUGUGACCAUCUCCAACUUACGGAAGUCAGACUCGGGCACUUACUGGUGCGGGGUGGAGCGAGUCUUUAAAGACACAUAUCAUGAGGUGAUCCUAACCAUAUCAGAAGCUUCAGAGCCCACUCCUCCAUCAAUUGUAACCUCAUUUAGGCUUCCAGACCACAAGACCCCAGAGGAAACAGAAGUAAGGGAAGUGACCGUUUCUUUCAAAACAAGAUGGCAUGGGACAACCAUGCACACAACUAGUACAACUAGCAUGACAAGAUAUAUCAACAAAGAGAGGGUGUAUAUAGGUGCUGGUCUGGCUGCAGUGAUGCUCCUUCUUGCCAUCUUCCUUUUCAUGCUGGUAAAACAAAAAAAUAAGCACAAGAAAGUCACGGAACACAAAAUAGUGAAGGCUCAUCCUUUUGUAAAUCAGCCCACCAGUAACAGUCCCAUCAGGAACUUCAACAGCUUCACUACAACCAAUCACCAGAAAGACACCACUUCCACAUCCAAUCACAUGAAGGCUCCAUGCCUACAGAACACCCCUACAGCCAAUAAUAGGUCCUUCCCAGAUGUCAGCUCAGUUGAAUACUCAACUAUAAUGUCAGCAACAGACUCACGCGACUCUUUAAAUUACGUGAAUGUAAACUUCACAAGGAAGGCUGAUGACCUCAAUUACUCCUCUGUUAUCUUCAUCAGAGGAAGUGAUCUCAACAUCAACAACCCAACAACAUCUCUGGAAGGCUCAGGUUUGUGUGACGUCGUAGAACCCCAGGAGCCCAUUCCCGCUGGGCACAAAUGAGGUCCCCCGGCAUCAGUCGCAGAGCCCCGAAAAGGACCUUCUGUAUGAAUGGGACCCUCUCCAUAAAGAGGGUCCCAUCCUCCGGGUUCCCCCAGGGGAACCUGGUCGGAUUGAGCAGGCCUUCACCACCUGCUCUGUGGAGACCCCAACGGGAUACAACGUUCGUCAUCUGCUCUUCUCUAACCACUGAGUGCGGACUGGAGAUCCUCUGCAGCUUCUCCGGUCCAUCGAUGCCACCAAGAUCUUGUAGAUGCUCCAGGGGCUGCUGCUUCUGGUCCAGACAAGCUGGGCCUAAAACACAGAAGAUAAGAGUGUAUAUAGAUAAGGCGAUCAACAUAUGCCAGGAGGUGAUCGUGUUCGAGGGGGCAUGGUUGGUUGAUUAACACUGAUUGAUUGUUUCCUGGGAAGCAGCAUGAAAGUAACAAGACAGACAUGACAAUAAGAGUUUAAAAUAGAUUAUUGUUUUAUAAGUGAUCAGUUAGGUGAUUGAUUUAUCAGUUUUACAAUUUGAAAUUAUUCAGUUAUACCUUAUGACCAGAUGCAAACUUUGAGGUGUUAAUUCUCUUCAGUGCCAUAUGCCCUCCACUAUUGUAAUAUGGUUUUUGAGUAAUAAUCCUUUCGGAAGGUUCUUAACAAUACAUGGUUUUCAAACUUGAACCUUCUGUUGUGGUAAAGAUGUAGAACAAAUUGCUUAUAUAAAUGCAACCAUGAUAUAGCAGAUCAAAAAUUUUUGC